AUGCAUGGCCUAACGCCGUGCCACGGCUCGGUGCCAUCGUUGCAACCGCCGAUGUACGUGCCCUUGACCCAAACGGAUGGCGCGGACGUCUUCCGCGUCUUGGCCUCGAGCGCCUCCCUGUGCUCGGCAAUCGGGAGCAGCGUGAAGUCGAUGCCCUCCGCCCUCAGCGCCACCUCCGCCUUGCGGCAGUACGGGCACGCGGGGUCGUCGAAGAAGACGACGUCGGCCGACCUGAUGGCGUCCUCGAGCGCGGCCACGCCCGGGCCCGCCGCGCUGCCCCAGCCGAACACGCGCCCGGCCCGCCGGCGCACGCCCGCCGCCGCCAGGCAGCGCCGCCCCCGCCGCUGCGCGGCCGCCCGCCGCAGGCCCGCCGCGCCCCACCUGGGGGACCCAAAGCAUGCCGAUGCCGCUGUGCUUCAAGGGGCCCAAGGACACACACAAAUAAAUACACACAAAUAA